ACAACCUGAGAAGAAGCUGCAGACUGUGAAUCACGAUGGGAAAUAGCGAAUCUGAAGCUGGUGGUCAGACAGCAGUUUCUGCUAAAGAGACCUAUGUGUGGUACAGAAAAUUUAUGAGGGAAUAUCCAUCCGGCCUGCAAACACUGCAUGAAUUUAAGACACUCUUGGGUCUGCAGGGUCUGAAUCCAAAGGCCAAUCAACAUGUUGAUCAAGUCUAUAAUACCUUUGACAUGAACAAGGAUGGAUUUAUUGACUUUUUAGAGUUUAUUGCUGCUAUAAAUCUAGUUAUACGAGGAAAAAUGGAGCAAAAAUUAAAAUGGUAUUUUAAGCUGUAUGAUGCUGAUGGAAAUGGUUCUAUUGACAAAAAGGAGCUACUGAACAUCUUCAUGGCUGUUCAGGCCCUCAACGGCCAGCAAACUCUGAGUCCUGAAGAAUUUACUGACUUGGUUUUUCAUAAGAUCGAUAUAAACAAUGAUGGAGAAUUGACAUUAGAAGAAUUUAUCAAUGGCACAGAAAAAGAUCAAGAUCUUCUGGAUAUUGUUUCCAAGAGCUUUGACUUUUCUAAUGUACUGAAAGUGAUCUAUAAUGAGAAACAGUCAGUCACAGAUGGGAGGCUUCCUUCAAGCCACGUGAGAAGGCUGAUCUAG